GAAAGAAAAAGGUGAUAUGUUUUGUUGAUUUCCUUAUUCGGCGUACAGCAAAAAAAAAAUGAUAGGAUCAUGUUUUGUCAUUUUGAUUCCCAGCUGUUGUCUCUCUCUCUCUCUCUCAUCCUUCGACCUCAAUAUUAAUAUUUACAUGUAAACUAUAUCAAUUAUGUUAUCAAAAACUUUACCGAUUAUAUUUGAUGUACCCACCAUCGCUUUAUUUGAAAAACGAUUACUCAAUGUACCUAACUACAAAUUCAAGUUCAAACCUGAUGCUAAAGAUGCUGCUGUUUUAGUCCCUUUGUGCCUCGUUAAUAAGAAACCAAGUGUCUUAUUUACAGUUCGUAACCUUCAUAUGCGAACUCACCGUGGUGAAAUCAGUUUUCCAGGUGGCAAAGCAGAUCUCUCUGACACAAGUCUAGAAAUGACAGCACUACGGGAAACAACAGAAGAAAUUGGAAUAGCAUCUUCAGCGAUCGAUAUUUUGGGACAGUAUUCUGUGGUACCAAAUAAGAAUGGAUCUCUACGUGUUCAUCCUUUUGUUGGUUUGAUUCGUCAAGAAAUUGAUCCAGCCACUCUCAAUUUCAAUCCUGAUGAAGUAUCCUCUGUGUUCAGCUUACCUUUAGAAUACUUGAUACAGCCUUCAGUACGUGAAAUACGUGGAUUCAGGGAUAGUCAGCACAAAUAUACCAUCUUCAAGAUCCCGGAUGAUUUACCUGGUGAAGAAAGAGAAAUUUGGGGAUUAACUAGUUUUAUCAUGGAUGGUAUCUUUCGACGUAUUUUGAAUGAUGUGUACCAGUAGUAUAGAUUUUAAAACUUGUAGAUAUGUUUAGUAUAUAGAAUCUCUUUUUUUUUUUACUGUUAUUUUGUUUUAUUAUACAUCUGUUAAAUUAAAAAUAGAGGAAUGAAAUAAAAACUUUUGUAGACUUUGG